GCCCGAUCAACCAAAAAUUCAACCUAUCUUCCUCAUUGAGCUCGAGCUUCCCACCCCAAACCUCCAUAGCCACACUCCAAAAGCUUCAAUACACCUUCCAUACUCUACCAAAAACCUAAAUAAACACCAUAUUCUUCCUCCCCACAUCAUCCCCUCCAUUUCUACACCCACCAUAUCACCCAAACCCCCAAAAUCCCCAAAUCCGAAAAACCCUACCCAAAUCCCAUAAGGUGCAAUUUUGCUCGAAAUAUCCCAAUCUAAACCCAAUUUCUUGUUCUCUCCAUCAUCCUCUACACCUCCACACCCUCAAAAACACCAAAAACCAAAAAGUCCGAAUUUUUUUAACCCCUCCAAGACAAGUCCGAAAUUUCUUCACUAGGGUGGGUUAGGAGUUGAGAGCUGAUUCUCUCCCUCUCUCGAGGCUCUUCUACGUACAUUCCCAAACACCAAUCGAUCUUCCAUUGAUUCUCUUUGCUAAGCUUGGAUAUUGGCUGGAUUUAAUUUGUGGUGUAACUCCUCAAAUUUUCGAGCUCUGCUUUGGGGAUUUUCGGACUGUUUCAGCUAAAAACAGUCUCGCGAGUACUGUUCCACGACGGCAGGUCAACGGCCAUCUGCCGCGCCUGUCCUCACCGUUUUUAUUUUGGAAGGUCAUCUUGGACUCCCCUAGGUGCGUAUAACAACACUCUUUUCAUCCAUCAAAGGAGGUCGGAUUUGGGUCAAACUCUCCAACGGAUAUAUGUAUUUCUGGAAAUCGCUGAAACCAGAAAUCAAGAAGAUGGUCACCUAGAAGGGGUCUGCUACUCCAUAGCUCCCUCGUUCCCUGCAAAUUCGGACACUGUUCAUCUACCUCAGUAUACCGCGACUGCUGAAGGGUGAGAGUUGCAGACCUGCUACUGCUGUCUGCGUUUGCUAUUGUACUGAGGUCCGGUCUUCUUUACUGACCUGGGGGGUUGAGACGAGUGCAAGGCAGUGAAGUGAUUACUGCUAUGGGGAAGAAGAAAAAUACGCUACUGAUUGGUGAAUCUUCUUCCAGAAUUACAAGGUCAAAGACUGGAAACUUUGACAUUCUGGCAGAUUGUGAUGAUGAAUUUCCUGCUUUGGGGAGUAUCACGCCAGUAGCUCCUGAUGCUGGAGCCAAGACAGGGGAUGCUGCUAAACCUGGGCAGAUUGUUGCUAAGCUAUCGGGGCAGUCAGUCCCUAAGUUAGGAGCAAACAAGACAGCCACUAGUCCAAACAAAAUGAGUGAGCCAGUACUGAUCAAACAGGCCCAAGAAAACGCAAGUGCUAAGUUGGCACAGAAUGUUACUGCCAGUUUAUUGGAAAAGGAACAAAACAAAAAUGGGGAUGCAGGGGUUGUUAAACCUUGGUCUUCAUUGUUCAAAGACAAUCGUGACCCUUCAAAUGGUUUGAAAUUGAGGUAUAUCCAGCCCAAAGGCACAUCUCUAGAUUUUACGGAUAGAGAUUUGCCUUCUAUGGUUGACAUGUGGGGAUUUUGUCUUGUGGGUUUCUUUUCUGGGAAAUUCCCAGGCCUUAAAGUGAUCUAUGACUUGAAAAACACUUGGGGAGUUAGUUGCAUUGUUAACACACAUAGCAAGGGAUGGAUUAUUUUCAAAUUUCAAAAUGAUGAAGAUAGAUCAAAAGUGUUGAAUGGAGGUCCUUACACCAUCUUUGGUAUACAACUCAUGUUAAAAGCACUAUCGGAAGAUUUUUCCUUUGAUGAUGAAGAAUUUCUCAAAGUCCCCAUUUGGGUAAAAUUUCCUAAUCUACAUAUGAAACUUUGGAAUGAGGAGGCUAUGAGUGAAGUUGCAUCUAUGGUAGGUGUCCCGCUUUCUACGGACAAAAUCACUCAAAAUAGGAGCAAUCACCACUUUGCUAGAGUUCUAAUUGAAGUUGAUGUUUCUAAACCACCUCCGUUAUCAUUUCCUAUACGAUUACCUUCCUGUAAAGUAGUCAAACAAAUGGUGGUUUAUGAAACUUUCCCCAACUUUUGUUUCCAUUGUAAAAUAUAUGGGCACCACCCAUUUAUUUGCAAGAAAUUGGUAGCAAAAGAACAGGAUGAGUCUAUUGUUGAAAAGGAAAAGGAAUCUGAGGAGAUUGUUGUUGCUAAAACUGCCCAACACGUAGAGUUAAGAGCCGAGAUGAAUGGAGAAACCGGGGUUAUGCCCAUUGUACCAGCUGCCACUGUUGAGGAUACCAAGGAGGCAACAACUCAUGACCAGACUGUUGCCCAGGGGGCUGUUUUAGGUGUGCAACCUGCUGCCACCAUUCUGCACUCUGCGCCAACUGCCCAGGGGGCUGGUUUAGGUGUGCAAUCUGAUGCUACCGUUUUGCAUUCUGCGCCAACUGCCCAGGGGCAUUCCAAACUUGCCAAGGGAUGUUCCAAAGCUGAUGAAAAUGACUCCGAGGUCGUUUUGGAAGAUAUUGAAAGGAUUGUGAUGGAUGAAAGAAAUCUGAAGUUAAAUGAUGUUGUCAUCAAAUUUGCGGUCAUCAACGGUAAGACACUCAAGUUGGCUGUCAAACCUUUUAAGUUCGUGUGCGCGAGUGUGAUUAGAGUGGAUACUUCGCUUCGACUUACAGAUGAUUUGGAUAGGAAAGGCAUUACUUUCACGGCCAAAUGUCUCGAGGCGAUGCCGGGAGUUACUAAGAAAAAUGGGGAGAUUUGUUUUGACUCAAAGUUCACCACUCCUUUCCGAGCUUUCUUUGGAGUUUAAAUUAGGGAUACCUAUUUUUGUUUUUGCGGUCAAAUUGUUGACUUGGGAGGAUGGAAAGCUUGAUGUUGUGGUAUCCAUUGUUCUGGGAUAUGCACUUUUUCUUUAUUUUGAAAUAGUUUGACAGGGGAAUGUCCCAUUGUUCUUGUGAUGCAAUUAUUUAAGUUAGAAAUUCUAGCUUAGGUAGCAUUUUGAUCUAGAAUUGAUACAUUGUAAAAUGUUAUCUUUUGACGGUUUCUAAUAUACUUACAUAUUAUCGUCGAAA